AAGAUCUCCUCCUUCUCCCCGCUGAUACUCAUCCGUAGAGGGGUAAAAGUAAUUGCGUGGGUUGACAGUCGAAUGACCAAAAGACCACACCGCAUCAUACCCAGCAUCACCAACAACACCAACACCAACAGACAGUACCACCCGACAGUCAAAAGGAUUGCCUGCUCUGAACCCCGACGAGCAGAAUGCGAUAAUGCGAGCGCCGAAUGGUCCUCUAACUUCGAAAAGCGGCAAUGCCAUGCCUGUCGAUAAGCCGAAUCCUCAUGGCCAGAGGCCAGUCAUGUCGCCUUUGGGCGCAGCGGGCAUGAAAACAAUAAACACCACACCUUUGACUCCCAAAAUCGCAGGCGCAAGUCCUGCAAACGUUGUGACACCAUUGCUUCGACGAGCGACGCGUCAGGACACCACCACCAGCGGCCCUCAAAGGGACGAACGCACAGCAACCCCCGUCGGCUCCUUUCUCAGCGACAACAUCACACCAAGGUCCGGGUCGAGAAAAUCGAGGCUGGAUAGUGCGAACCCGACUCCCACUGGCACUCCGACAGCACUGAGACCAACGGAGCCCACUCUUGCAUCUGGAGGGAAUCUGGUGUAUAGCGGGGGUCUGCUGUCUCAACUCGACGACCUCCCGCCAAAGCCCACUGUCUCAUUUAGCCCAACCAUAUCGGAUGUUGGGAGUGCACAAUCGCAGCAAGCGGGGAAGUUCUUCUAUGCCAGCGACGCAAAAUCGAAUAACUCACAACCCUCUCGCCAACGCCCCGGUGCUCCAAAGCAGAACAGCUUCCUUUAUGCGAACGGGAACGCAAUUCCCUCCCCCACAAACCAACAUGGGCCAUCGCCAACUUUGCCCGCAUCGGAGGAUAAAUCCAGGCCGAGAUUUGUUCACGCCAAUGGGAUCCCGGAUAUUACAAAGUUACCAUACACCCGCGCAGGAUCGACAGUGUCAACCGCACCAUUUUCUGGACCACCUCGACUUGCAUUCCAAGGCCGGCCCUCUAGGCCAUCACGGCCCUCAUCACCUACGAAGCCUGCUGAUCACAACAAUACCUAUGUGGCCAGAAGGAUUUCAACCGUUUCGCCCCCCUCAAUCCCAGUUCCCUUUUCGCCUCCUUUGGCCUCAGCAGCCUAUGCUUCACCUCCUCUGGCCUCGGCACCCUAUACUUCGCCUCCCUUAACUCAAGCACCCUAUACGUCACCACCACUUUAUCAGAACGGGGCCCCUACUUCCGGAGACGAGGGUCCAACGCCCAAUCCUUUUUGGUCUCGUGCCAAAUCUCCCGGCGUUGGCCAACUAGACGAGUCACGCUCGGCGGUAGAGUCGAAUGAAGUUCGCAAUGUGCCUCUACCAGUUACCAUUGACAGGACAAGCCUUUCUUCAACAGAGGAAGGUUCGGAGCCUGCCUUGGCAGAUGAUUCAUCCUCGGUUUCCGGAUUGAGGAGCCCAGUGAAGGCCGGAGGCUCGCUGGAGCAGUUAAACGAACUUGCUGCAAAUGCCCGGCGGGAAAGGAAGGUGCUUGACCUCGAGAUAACAAACUCGUCACUUGCAGCAAUCAACCGAACCCUUGAGCGCGAGAUGCGAAAGCAAAGCGCUGAACUACGGAGAUAUCGCCGACUGAGUCGGUCUGGACGCCUCUCUAUAGCUACAGCAGCGACCCGGUCCUCCAUUGGUAGCCAUCUAAGUCUGAGUGGAAUUAGUGAAGAAGAUCAAUUUUCCGAUAUGAGCGGCGAGGAGUACGACGAUGAAGGCGACGACGACGCCUCUGAGUUGGACUCUGUCGAUGACGGGACCCUCAGCCCUACUGCUUUGGCAGAAAGCGAUGCACGCCACAGAAAGCGUGAUGAAGAGAGAUUACAGCUGGAUCUAGAAAAAUACCAGCAGCUUCUGGUCGAUAGCCAGAAGAUGAAUCAGAGUAUAAAACGAUGUCUUGGAUGGACGGAAGAACUUAUACUUGACGGUAAUAAGGCACUAGCUUAUAAAGUGCAUGUCAGCGACGUUGAACUUGGAGGGCGCGUGCUUAUUGCGGAUGAUAACGACGAUGACACCGAGACCGUUGUCUCAGGAAUUUGAACGGCCUUAUCCAUCAAAACUCUCAGGAUGAGGCGGCGAUAUUCGGAAUUCGAGCGGAGAUCAUCGCGCCAACGUCCCGGUCGAGAUUUUGAAGGCGUUUAUAAGGCGUAAUUGCUACAGAUGGAGAUGGUGCGCAGGCGACCGGAUAAUAACAUCUUUGGCUUUGGGGUUGUGUGUAGGGAGUUAGCAGCGUGGUAUCGCUCGGAGUUUGUUUGGGGGAAGGAGGCUAUGAGGUCCACUCGCUCAUUUAACAUCAGUUCAUUUGUUCUGUACAGUAUGAUACCCAAGGUAGAUAUGCCGCCAUUUGGCUAGGAAGAAGAAUAGGCUAUUUUCAUUUGUAAAAAUAUCGCUAGCUAAAAUAAAGCACUUCAAAUUGUGUUAUGG